ACAUCUAACACCUAAAAUUUAAGUUUUUACAUUUAUACGACCUAAAUCUUUAGUAUUACAUACAUCUUCUCAUGCAUCUUCAUGCAUAAGCAGACGGGUAUUCAUCUAAAAACUAAAAGUUCAACCGUUAAAAUAUGUAAAUACAUAAGAAUUAAAUGGUAUGUAUGUAAAUCAGGCUAGCAUUGAACGUACCAAAUAGUUCCACAGCCAUCGGAUUCUACCCAGCAGAAGAAAAGCCUCACCUCCAGCCAGUACUACAGAACGGUCCGCUACGAAACCACAUCGAACGUUCCCUCCGAUCACACAGCACAUUUUAAAUAACUCCCUCCUCCUCCUCCUACUUCCUCCUCCUAUUUAUUCCGACCACCGCCCAACGCCAGCAAUAUCCAACACCUGCCGGAAGUUAACUUUCCGGCGAGCUCCUUCUCUGUCUAUCUCCCUCUCAUUCCGCCUAAAAAUGAACCGCUGCUGUAUCUCCGUCUUCCUCCUCUUGCUAUCCGUCGGCAUAGUUACCCAGAGUGCCGGCCCUGUUCCCAGCAUCAGCCUCGAGCACCUAGAUCCCACCCUACCCCCUGCCAUCCUUGCCGGCCAAACCCCCAAAUGCUCCGUCCUCCUCCUCCAGCAGGAGUUCGCCGACACCGCCGGCUCCCUUCCCGCCGCCGCUAACUACACCCACCCCCGCGAAUGUCCCUUUCCCUGGACCCGCGUCAUCCUCGAACUCUCCGUCUCCGCCUCCGAUCUACAACGCGAUCGCAUCGCCGCCGUCUGGAUCGACGGCUCCGAGAUCCUCCGCACCACCACCCCUCUCCCCAUGGCACCCGGUGCCUUCUGGACCGUCCGCAAAGACGUCUCCCGCUACGCAGCCAUUCUUCGCCGCCUCGGCGAUCCUUCCUACACAGCCGCUCGCGGCCGCGGGAUCGUCUCCAUGAUGCUCGAAAACUCCAACUCCCCCGCCCGCCUACCCGGAGUCUACUCCGCCAAUGUUUCCCUCCAUUUCUACCGCGGCGCCGCCACCACCACCAUUGCCACCGCCACCGCCGCCGCCCAUCCGAACACCCGAUCACUCUACCACGAACCCGCUGACAUUAUUCUCCCGAUCUCAAACCCAACCGGCUAUCUCGGCACCACCGGUUUCUGGUUCCGCAUCAACAACGAAACCCACAUCCAAACAUCCCCAAUCGCCCUCCCAAUGAACGCGUACCGAGCCGUACUCGAAAUUUUCGUCUCCUACCACGGAGACGAUGAGUUCUGGUACACAAACCCUCUCCGCACAUCCUACCUUCGCCAAUCCCCCUUCUCGAACCUCUCCUCCCCACGCACAAACGGCGGCUUCCGGCAACUAUACGCCACCAUCGACGGACAGUUCGUCGGCGGCCACAUACCAUUCCCCGUCAUCUACCCCCGAUCCAUAAACCCUUUCUUCUGGUCUCCCGUGGCGUCCAUCGGGGCCUUCGAUAUGCCGUCGUACGAUCUCGACAUAACUCCAUUUCUCGGGCUUCUGCUGGACGGGAGGACGCAUGAGAUCGGGCUGGGGGUUCGGGAUGCGCUGCCGUAUUGGUUAGUGAGUGGGAAUCUGCACGUGUGGGUGGAUCUGUGGUCGGACGCAGUUAGGGCGGGGCUGGUGCAUUACUACGUGCCGCCGGUGAAGGUGAACCGGAAUGCGGAGUGGAGGAACCAGGACGGGCAAUCGGAGAUCAAUGCGGAGGGGCUGUGGCAGUUCACGGGGUGGGUAAGCUCUUCCCGGGGGAAUAUCAGCACCGCGGUGAGGCAGAAGAUCAAGUUCAAGAGCCAGAUCGAGGUGCAGAAUCGUGGGGCUGUUACGCAGGUGGAGGUAAACAACAAGGAGAGGAUGAUGGUGGAGAUGUCAAUCGGGCAUCAAACCCUCGGCCGCGCACAAAUGCUGCUCGAAACACCGCUUCAGAUUCAGACAACCAGCGUCAGCGCAGCAGGCGGAUCCAUCUUCCUUAAAGCCAGACUUUUCCACCAACUCCUCGAAUCCGUGGUUCUCAGCCAAGGCCAAGCCAUGACGACCAGCACGCUCACCGAUCGACAGGACGCGGAGGGAUCGGCGUUGAUGCGCGGCGACGCACCAGUUUGGGGCAGCGCAUCCACCCGCUCGUCUUACAAAUAUAGGGAUGAUAAUACCUGCUAUCUCCGAGCGGUCAACACUGCCGGUGGCGUUGUGAUGCUUGACACCACCAGUCCUUCCUGCGCUGCGGAUGCCUGAAUUGAAUCAGAGUAAUGGACGUAGUUUGCGGCUUGGUUUUGAGCGUAAGAGUAUAAUUGUAAGAAUAAUGGCUGAGGUUAGAAUAGGAAAAAUUAUUAUGUGCGGGAGUCUGUGUGUAUACGGACUCCGUGUGCAAUAAUUUAUAAUAAUGUAGUAUAUGUAGCUUGCAUUCAUACGGAUUCUGUACGUAAUGUUCUCUCUAUAUGUGAGAGAGCUUCACUAGUCUCCUAUAUUUUUUUAAGAUUUAUUUUAUUACUAUUAGUUUAUUCUUGUCAUUACUAG